CAGGCCAUAUCUGAGUCCCCACCAGGAUCCCCCUGAACCUGGCUCUCCCAGCAGCUGCAGCCACCUGCUUCACCCCAGGGGACCCAACCUAGGGUCGCAGGGACCGAGAAUUGCAGCCACUAUGGGUAGCAAAGAACGGUUUCACUGGCAAAGUCACAAUGUGAAACAGAGUGGUGUGGACGACAUGGUGCUGCUCCCCCAGAUCAAUGAGGACGCCAUCGUGAGCAACCUCAAGAAGCGCUUCCUGGAUGACUACAUCUUUACCUACAUUGGCUCAGUCCUCAUCUCUGUCAACCCCUUCAAGCAGAUGCCAUAUUUCACUGACCGAGAGAUUGAGCUGUACCAAGGAGCGGCACAGUAUGAGAACCCGCCACACAUCUAUGCCCUCACAGACAAUAUGUAUCGAAACAUGCUCAUUGACAGUGAAAACCAGUGUGUUAUCAUCAGUGGAGAAAGUGGGGCAGGGAAGACAGUGGCUGCCAAAUACAUCAUGGGCUACAUAUCCAAGGUGUCUGGAGGGGGAGAGAAGGUCCAGCAUGUAAAGGACAUCAUCCUUCAGUCCAACCCAUUGCUCGAGGCCUUUGGCAAUGCCAAAACCGUUCGCAACAACAACUCCAGCCGUUUUGGCAAGUACUUUGAGAUCCAGUUCAGUCGAGGUGGGGAGCCCGAUGGCGGGAAGAUUUCCAAUUUCCUCCUGGAGAAAUCUAGAGUGGUCUCACAGAACGAGAAUGAGAGGAACUUCCACAUCUAUUACCAGCUGCUAGAAGGUGCCUCCCAGGAACAGCGGCAGAACCUGGGCAUCAUGACCCCUGACUACUAUUAUUACCUCAACCAAUCUGACACUUAUAAAGUGGAUGGCACCAAUGACCUCAAUGACUUCCAUGAGACUCUGGAUGCUAUGCAGGUCAUUGGAAUCCCACCCAAUGUCCAGCAGCUGGUCCUACAGAUAGUGGCUGGAAUCCUACACCUGGGGAACAUUAGCUUCUGUGAAGAGGGGAACUAUGCCAGAGUGGAGAGUACAGACCUUCUGGCCUUCCCUGCCUAUCUGCUGGGCAUUGACAGCGGACGCCUCCGGGACAAACUAACUAGCCGUAAGAUGGACAGCCGAUGGGGCGGCCGGACGGAGUCCAUUAAUGUAACACUGGGCGUGGAGCAGGCCUCCUACACUCGAGAUGCCCUGGCUAAGGGCCUCUAUGCCCGGCUUUUUGAUUUCCUGGUAGAGGCCAUAAACCGAGCCAUGCAGAAGCCACAACAAGAAUACAGCAUUGGAGUCUUGGAUAUCUACGGCUUCGAGAUAUUCCAGAGAAAUGGCUUUGAGCAGUUCUGCAUCAACUUUGUGAAUGAGAAACUACAGCAGAUUUUCAUCGAGCUCACACUGAAGGCUGAACAGGAGGAGUAUGUUCAGGAAGGCAUCAAAUGGAGCCCCAUCCAGUACUUCAACAACAAGGUUGUAUGUGACCUCAUCGAGAACAAACUGAAUCCUCCGGGCAUCAUGAGUGUACUGGAUGACGUGUGCGCCACAAUGCACGCCACAGGCGAUGGGGCUGACCAGACCCUGCUGCAGAAGCUACAGGGGGCUGUGGGGUGCCACGAGCACUUCAACAGCUGGAACUCAGGCUUCGUCAUCCACCACUAUGCGGGCAAGGUAUCCUAUGAUGUCAGUGGUUUCUGUGAACGAAACCGAGACGUCCUCUUCUCAGACCUCAUCGAGCUUAUGCAGAGCAGCGAACAUGCCUUCAUUCAAAUGCUCUUCCCUGAGAGGUUGGACUCAGAGAAGAAAGGCCGGCCCAGCACUGCAGGCUCCAAGAUUAAGAGGCAGGCCAAUGAUCUGGUGGACACUUUGAAGAAGUGUACACCCCACUACAUCCGAUGCAUUAAGCCCAAUGAGACCAAGAGGCCCCAUGACUGGGAGGAAAGCCGGGUGAAACAUCAGGUGGAGUAUCUGGGUCUGAAAGAAAAUAUCCGUGUUCGUCGUGCUGGCUUUGCCUACCGUCGUGUGUUCUCCAAGUUCCUGCAGAGGUAUGCCAUCCUGACUCCGGAGACGUGGCCACAGUGGCAUGGUGAUGAACGUCAGGGGGUGCAGCACCUGCUCCGAUCUGUCAACAUGGACCCCGAUCAGUACCAAAUGGGGCGCUCCAAGGUCUUCAUCAAGAACCCAGAGUCGCUCUUUCUCCUGGAAGAAAUGAGAGAACGCAAGUUUGACAGCUUUGCCCGCACCAUCCAGAAAGCCUGGAGGCGCCAUGUGGCCGUGAGAAGAUAUGAGCAGAUGCGAGAGGAAGCCUCCAACAUCCUAUUAAACAAGAAGGAAAGGAGAAGGAACAGCAUCAACAGAAACUUUGUAGGCGACUACCUAGGGCUGGAGUCACGGCCUGAGCUUCGCCAGUUUCUGACCAAGCGUGAGCGUGUAGACUUCGCAGACUCCAUCAACAAGUAUGACCGGCGCUUCAAGCCCAUCAAGCGGGACCUAAUUCUGACUCCUAAGUAUGUGUACGUGAUCGGGCGGGAGAAGGUAAAAAAGGGUCCAGAGAAGGGACAGAUUCAAGAGGUUCUGAAGAAGAAAAUAGAAAUCCAGUCCCUCCGGGGGGUCUCCCUCAGCACCAGGCAGGACGACUUCUUUAUCCUCCAUGAAGUGGCGGCAGACAGCUUCCUGGAGAGUGUUUUCAAAACAGAGUUCGUCAGUCUUCUGUGCAAGCGUUUCCAAGAGCUCACUCACAACGUCCUGACCCUGACCUUCAAUGACACACUACAGUUCCGGGUGAAGAAGGAAGGCUGGGGUGGAGGAGGAUUCCGGACCAUCACCUUCUCCCGAGGUCCAGGAGAGGUGGCCAUGCUCAAAGCCAGUGGCAAGACCCUGAUGAUCAGCAUCAGUGAUGGACUUCCUAAGAACUCCAAGCCAACAAAGAAAGGACCUCCGCAGGGCCAGAGGAGGAGGCCAGCACCAGUCCGAGCAGCCCCAGCUCCCUCCAGAGGGCCAGUUCAGAAUAGGGCACCCCACAUGGCCCGUGGUGGCCCUUCACCCCUGGAGCAGAUGUCAAUGGUGAGUGGCCCAAGAUCACAGCGGGGACCUCCAUCCACAGCCCUGGGGAGUAGUGGGAGUAGCCGAAGACCCCACAAACGACCGCCGUCUGAGCACAACAUGGAGUUCCUCAAUGUGCCUGAUCAGGGGAUGGCCGGGAUGCAGCGAAAGCGAAGCAUUGGGCAAAGGCCUGUGCCAGGUGUGGGACGGCCCAAGCCUCAGCCUCGGAUUCCAGGUCCACGUUGCCGUGCCCUUUAUCAAUAUGUGGGCCAGGAUGUGGAUGAGUUGAGCUUCAAUGUCAACGAGGUCAUCGAGAUCCUACUGGAGGAUCCAUCAGGCUGGUGGAAAGGCCGCCUGCAUGGCCAGGAGGGCCUUUUCCCUGGAAACUACGUGGAAAAGAUCUAAGACCCCAGGAACUCUGGGCAUCAGAAUGGAAUUCUUUCCAGCCCCUCACAUCUGCCCCAUCUCUGCUCCAAACUUCUUCUAGGGCAGCUGAGACCCCCAUCUUGUCUCACCCCGUCCCAUGGACCUCUCAGAAGUCUGGCAGCUAUGGGGGCAACUCAAAGCCCCUGGAUUUUUCCAUGAGGAACUGGGUCCCUACAACAGGAAAUCCCUCUUCCCCUGUUGACUCCUGCCCUCCCUCCCCGCUCUCCCCAGGAGGAACCAAGUACCCAUCCUUCCUCAUGAAGGAGGAGCAGGGCAGGCAGGAUAGGCCUCUUCCUGACCAGACCCUUCCAGGCUGAGACUUGGGGGUCGGGGGAGAGAAGAGAGACCAAGGACAAAGGACUGGAGAGCCACUGCCUGGGUUUACCCCAAAGGAAGGACUCAGAAACAAUGUCUCUACUAACAGACAGAACAUGGUUUGGUGUCUUCCUUCACAGGUGAUACAGCAGGUAGCCUGAAGUCAGAAAGACCUGACUCCAAAGCCUGCCUCAGAUGCUUCCUAGCUGUGUGACCCUGGGCAAGUGACUUAACCUGUUUGCCUCAGUUUCCUCAUCUGUAAAAUGGGGAUGAUAACGACACCUACCUCCCAGCUUGGUUGUGAGGAUCUAAGUAGAAUCUCAUUCUAAAGUGCUCUGCAAACCUUAAAGUGCUAUUUGAACAUCAAUUAUCCUGAUGAGAAUGCCAAGUAGGAUCCCAAGUCCCAGAUGACCCACACUCAAGACCAUGGCAGGGGCCUUCGGGAUCAUCAGGCCAAACUUCUCAUGCUACAGAUGGGGAAACCGAAACCCAAAGAGGGGAAGGGACUUGCCCAAGGUCAUCUAGCACAUCAGCAGCAGAGCCCAGAUUUGAACUUGGUUCUCUUAUCUCUAAACCCAAUGUUUUUUCCCAUCCUACAACUCAGGGAGAUACUACCUUUAUUUCCUUGGGGUAAAUCCCUUAUGUUUUCGGACUUUUUCCCAUUUGAAGGACACUGGACUGAAUGACCUAUAAGAUCCUUUCCAACUUUAAAUCCUAUAAACCUAUGAAUGUCUAUAGACCUUGAAUUUCUAUAGACCGUUCAGAUUUACAAAGCAUUUUCCUCAAAAGUUGGUAACAUAAUCAUAGUCAUAGAUGGGGGCCCCUUCACCAAAGAAUUCUCCCUUAGCUACACCAAGUUCUAGAUAUUUUGGAGGUCAGGAUCCUUGCUAAACCUUUGCUCAUGAGCCCCCACCAGCAUAGCUUAGUUUUUACCAGUCAGCCAGAUGACACAGUUAAUAACAAAGGCAUUAAAUAGAAAAUAAAAUGAUAAAACAUUGCCCCCUUCUACCAUGAGAUCACUCUCCCACAAAUAUAUAUAUAUACACAUAUGACUCAGAAAAAGAGUGGGCUUGCACAGGAAUUACAUAUGGAGCAUUCACACAUGAGGAAUACAAGACUACAUUGGGGAAUGCAGGGUACCUAAAUAAAGGAAGGGAAGGAGGAUUUAUUGGAUGCUUGACUAUGUGCAAAGCGCUGGGCUAAAUAUAUGUGAUACAAAUAGAAAAAUAAGAUAUUCCCUGAUGUCAAGCUCACAUUUCAAUGGUGGAGACAACACAUAUGGAAGGUUUUCAUCAUAAAUCAGAUGGAAAAGCCCCAUGGUCCUUAGACUGCAGCAGCAAAGCAGAUGUUGAUGCAUCUUUAAUGUCAUUUCCACUUACAAAAAAUAUCAGUUCCUGAUGUUGAGACAUCUGACAGUGCCAAGGAUUCUGGUGACAAGAACUUUGUCUUCUGGGUCUUCAGUGGCUGUGACUAUACCUCCUGCCAGACCAGUUACCAAGCUAUAUCUCCACAAAAGGGCUACAUGCAUAUGGGUAAUGCAGGACCAAGGAACAUAUUCCUAGAAGGGAAACUCAUGCCUUUGACACUCCAAAGCCACCAUCUUUUCCUGCUGGUGUGAUUACACUGCUCCCUGGUGGACCCCUCCAGGCUCUGCUCUAGGCUGUUUUUUGCCAGGUGCUAAUCUCUGCUCUAACUGUCCCUGUUGACUGACUAUUUUCAGUCCCCUUAGUUCUUGGUUCUCCCCUGAAAAUAGUGUGAUUAAUAAAGCUCUCUUAAGCAGAGAGGAUACAGUUUUCUUUAAGAAGUAAUUGCUGUGAAACUUUCAUCCUGCUUCUCAGACAAUGGAGAUGAAACUUGUCAGCAGAGCUACACAAGAAGGUCUAGGCUGCCAUUAGGUCAAUGCUUGGAACUCCUCUGUUAACUGCUUCUCUUCCAAAUUUCCCUCACUUCUCUCCAUUAUCUUUUUCCCCCU